AUGGGUGUUUUUACUUCUUCCGUUGCAGUUAUUCUCUUGUUCGUUCUGUUCAUAGAUGGUCUUGCGAUUGCUAAUAAUCAAAAUGUUGAUGAAAAAGAAGAAAGUUUACUACAAAGUUCUAAUUUGUCUGAAGAAAUGACAAAGACUAAAAGACAUAGGAGGUCUUUAACAUUUCUUCCUAUAAUAGCUCAUCGAGGUGGUGUUGGUGGUUAUGGUGGUGGGGGCGGUGGAUACAAUUUUGGUUUCCGAGGUGGAUUCGGAGGAGGAUUUGGCGGAUUUGGUGGUGGAGGAGUUGGUCAUGGGUUUGGAGUUGGGGCAGGUGGAUUGAGAGGAGGAUUUGGCCAUUUUGGAGGUGGACAAGGAAACGUUGGUGCAUAUAGUGGUGGAAGUGGUGGUGCUAAUAUCAAGGGUGAAGUUAGAGGUAGUGGAAGCGGGGGUGUUGGUGCUGCUAGCCAAGCUGAAGCUAAUGUUGGUAGACAUGACAGUGUUAGUGCUUCUGCUGGUGCUAGUGCUGAAGCUAAUGCUGGUAGAAGAGGUGGCGCUAAUGUUGUUGGAAAAAGUGAAGCCAAUGUUGGUGGAUAUGGUGGCGCUAGUGCUUUUAGCAAGGGUGAAGCCAGUGUUGGUGGACAUAGUGGCGCCAGUGCCUCUGGUAAUGAUCAAGCUAACGUUGGUGGACAUGGUGGGGCUAGUGCUUCGUCUAAGGGUGAAGCUAAAAGCGGUGGAAUUGGCGGUGCUAGUGCUUCUGGUAGUGGUCAAGCUAAUGUUGGUGGAAGUGGCAGUGCUAGUGCUUCUGGUAGUGGUCAAGCUAAGGUUGGUGAAAGUGGUGGCGCCAGUGCUUCCGACAGUGGUCAAGCUAAUGUUGGUGGAAGUGGAGGUGCUAGUGCUUCUGGAAGUGGUCAAGCUAAUGUUAGUAAAAGUGGUGGUGCUAGUGCUUCUGGCAGUGGUCAAGCUAAUGUUGGUGGAAGUGGUGGCGCCAGUGCUUCCGGAAAUGGUCAAGCUAAUAUUGGUGGAAGUGGAGACGCUAGUGCUUCUGGCAGUGGUCAAGCCAAUGUUAGUGGAAGUGGCGGUGGCAGUGCUUCCGGCAGUGGUCAAGCUAAUGUUGGUGGAAGUGGUGGUGCUAGUGCUUUUGGGAAUGGUCAAGCUAAUGUUGGUGAAAGUGGUGGUGCUAGUGCUUCUGGAAGUGGUCAAGCUAAUGUUGGUGGAAGUGGUAGUGGCAGUGCUAGUGCUUCUGGUAGUGGCCAAGCUAAUGUUGACGGAAAUGGCAAUGCUAGUGCUACUGGAAAGGGAGAAGCUAAUGUUGGUGGAAGUGGUGGUGCUAGUGCUUCUGGAAGUGGAGCAGCUAAUGUUGGUGGGAGUGGCGGUGCUAGUGCUUCUGGCAGUGGUAAAGCUAAUGUUAGCGGAAAUGGCGGCGCUAGUGCUUCUGGUAGUGGUCAUGCUAAAGUUGAUGGAAAUGGUGGCGCUAGUGCUUCAGGUUUCGGUGAAGCUAAAAUUCAUUGA